CGAGGCGGAUAUUGCGAGAGGCAUAAAUGCCCACUUUGCCGAUAUGAACCACUUUAUUUCUAACGCCUCCCGAUUACAACACCUAAAGCGCGUAGGGGACUGUAUAGGUAAUCCAAAAAGCCCCAUAUGGCAGGAAAUAAAGUGGUUCAUAGAAAACUAAAAGAUCCCUAUUGUUUGUUCUUAUCAAAUUAUCCUUUGAAUUACUCUAACAUUCCACGUUUCCGAAACGGAUCCUAUCAAAUAUUUGACAUUUUCUAUGAUCAUCUCUAUUUUAGGUAUUCGGGGAAUCCUCCUUAAUAGACGAAAUAUUCCUAUUAUGUCAAUGCCAAUUGAAUCAAUGUUAUUAGCUGUGAAUUCGAACUUUUUGGUAUUUUCCGUUUCUUCGGAUGAUAUGAUGGGUCAAUCAUUUGCUUCAUUGGUUUCAACGGUGGCAGCUGCGGAAUCCGCUAUUGGGUUAGCCAUUUUCGUUAGAACUUUCCGAGUCCGAGGGACUAUUGCUGUAGAAUUGAUUAAUAGCAUUCAAGGGUCGGGGCCUUUAUCGCUGGGCGAAUUUAGUUCCAGGAAUAUGCAAGCUAGAAAGAUGCUAUUUGCUGCUAUUCCAUCUAUUUGUGCAUUAAGUUCGAAUAAGAUAUCAAUCUAUAAUGAAGAAAUGAUAGUAGCUCGUUGUUUUAUAGGCUUCAUCAUAUUCAGUCGGAAGAGUUUAGGUAAUACUUUCAAAGUGACUCUCGACGGGAGAAUCCAGGCUAUUCAGGAAGAAUCGCAGCAAUUCCCCAAUCCUAACGAAGUCGUUCCUCCGGAAUCUAAUGAACAACAACGAUUACUUAGGAUCAGUUUGCGAAUUUGUGGCACCGUAGUUGAAUCAUUACCAAUGGAACGCUGUGCGCCUAAGUGCGAAAAGACAGUGCAAGCUUUGUUAUGCCGAAACCUAAAUGUUAAGUCAGCAACACUUCCAAAUGCCACUUCUUCCCGUCGCAUCCGUCUUCAGGACGAUCUAGGCACAAAGUUUCACUUAUUAGUUAGGAGGAGAUUUAGCCCCCUGUGUAUCUCGAAAGCAGAAAAAAUAGAACUCAUUCGAGAGAGCUUGGUGGUCUUAAGAAUGGUUCGGGUGGGGGGUUCUCUUAAGAAUAAAUAAGACGAAUAGAAUCUAAUUCAUGUUUAUGCUAACAGAAGAGCGGAUCCAAUACACAGACAACUUCUUUCUCAUGAAGCAGCUUUGCAAGAAAGGAGUUAGUUCCCUCCGAGGGUUCUGAUAGCCAAUGCUUCCUACGCUCCAGCCCUUAGCCCUGAACUCCUUAGCACAAGCACUAAGUAAGCCCGUGAAGGCCUUCAAUAUCGCACCUACUAGGACUGAAAUUAAGUUUUCGAAUAGGACGACUUCUUUCUUUUCUGUAUGCUAGGGCCGCCCGCACGCUUUAAGGGUUGUUGAACGUAUUGCACUAAGAAAGACUCCUGCCGUUGCGGUAAGAUUUUCUUUGAAAGCCAAGCCGCUCAAGCAAUUUCUUUAAAGAAGAGCAAGCAAGAUAAGGAAGGCUCGAAAGCUGCGAAGAAAGUCGAGCUGCUCUUAUCGAGCUGUGAAAUCGGUGUGGUGAGGUAUUGGAAGUGUUCAGCGAAUAUAGAUAAAAAAACUAAAAAAGAGCACCGUGCUAUACUGGCAGAGCUUCAGCAAAACUAGGUAGGUAGCUUUAGCUAAUGAGAGAUGGAUUUGGGGAUUAGAUUAUAUUAGGCCUCCUAAUUAAUGGAAUUAGUUUUAUAUUGAUUAGUUUAUUUUUAAAGAAGCAUUCUCCCUUGACUCGAUCUAUAAUGGAAUUAUCGAUAGAACGUUGAUCAAUAUUAAGGAAGAGAUCGAGGAUCACAGCAGGAUCCUAUCUGAUCUUUGUCAACACAGGACUCGAAGCCCCCUGCUCAAACAAAAGGGUAAUCCUUCAGAAUUGAAAAUUCCUUUCGGAUUUCUUAUAUUAAUUAUAGUUGAGGGGAGAAGACUCUCUAUCUAUAUAGGGGGGGAGCCAUUGUGAAGCCUAGAGAGGCGGAAGCGGCAAAUAGCUUCUACCGAGUUCCACAACACUUAGCUUAGUAGCUUAACUCUUUCUACUGGCGUGGCGCUGCUGGAUGCUUCUGAUCAAUAGAACAGGAAGAGGAGUCAGCCAAAAAGAAAUUUGAAAGUAAUGACCACCAAGAUACGCAUAGUGAUUCGAUCUUUUGAUCACCCAUUUUUGGAAAACAAUUUUGGGGGGCUUCCGCCUUACACACGGAAGAUUGGAUUGCCUGAAUCACGAGUCUUAUAUACUGUGUUACGAUCACCUCAUAUUGAUAAAAAGUCCAGAGAACAAUUUGAAAUGGAAAUCAAGAAAAAAUAUCUGGUCAUAAAAACAGAAAAGCAUGAAUUGCGAAAGAAGUUUAUCUUUUCGUUCGUGAUCUUAGUUUUUGUGCUUUCUUUCAGUCUCUACUAUUUAAAAUAGGGUUAUCUCUUGGUAGUCGAGUCCUCUCCUUUGCUUUAUUUAAAUUUGGCCUCGCGGGGGGACUUGCCUGGGCAAUAGGAUGUCUUUUGCGAGCACUAUUCAGUGCCGAUGGGGGGCUCUCCAUCGGGAAUGGCAUGAUGCCUCACGGAGCUGCCGAAUCCACCAAUUCGGAUUUGUUUACUUAUACUAGCGAUUUGGUGGAGGAAUGGGAGCUGCACGUUAGCACUUGACUUUAUGACUUUUCCGUCUCGCAUAAGAUGUCCUGUCUCUUUUCAGUUUUAGCGGAAUAAGCAGUAUUGGUGGUGGGAACAGCCAUAGUUGAUGCUAGUGCAAUAAGACUUGAUGAAGGCGGCACUUGCCUUCAAGCUUGAAACUGAUUGACCAUGAGAGUCAGAUCAAUAGUCUAUCCCCGAGAGCAGAUGGGAGAGGAGAGCUAUACCAAGGAUGGGAGAGUCAAGGGUGAUGCCUGAUCCGGGUUGACUCUAAUAAGACUAAUAGCCGUACCGCAGAAAGAAGGUCAACCUAACCCCAGGUAAUCACAGCUUUCUUCCGAACUCGCUUUCGAGCUAACCUUACAUGGAGCUACCAGCCAACAAGAGUUCUCAUUCACGGCUAACUAAGCAUUCGUUCAGAGUUGACAAGGGAGAGGGUAGACUGAAGACCAUCACAUCAAUCAGUCAUGCGGUCGGUUUGGGGUACGGUCAGUUCACCGGGAGGAUCGACCCCCCAUUUUCGAGGGAGAUCCUUUCCGAAUGAUCUCUAGUCUAUCGUCUAGUCUACUGUAAGCCACGUCGCAUCACCCGCAUGUGCGGAGGAUGCCUACCCCACACACAUGGAGUGAGCAAAGACAGAUGCGCUAAGGCAGUAAGACCGACUCCGACUUGUCAAUAGAUGCUUUUUUUUGAUCCUUUCAUCAUCUUCUCCCAUAGGGAGACUUAGAAUAGAUCCCAGAUCACCAGCCCAGGCCAUGCUAUCCAGAAUGAACUAUUAUUUCAUCCCACGAGUCACCCGGUUAAUCAAGAUGUAGAAGCCCAACUUCCUCACAGACAUAGUAGGCAUAGGUCCAACCACCUUUUUUUUUAAGUAGAAGUCUGAGCGGAGCUACCCACUGGACGUAAGGUGGAGUAUGGUCCACCCGGAGCCAGGUGAUAUAAGUUUCAGUCUUCGCCUCUGGAAAGCGCCCGGAUCCAUCAUUGAGCCUUAGAUUCGAAGGGAAUGGAUUACUUACUCGAUAGAGUGAGGGGAGUUGGCUAGACUGACUUGAACAAGUAAAGUUAUUUCUUACUUAUUCUUACUUAUAAAGAAGGGAAGCUUGGUACAACAAUUUGAAUUGGAUAGAUUUUUUAAUAUCUGUAAUUUGAAUAUGAAAGACCCUUUUACGAAAAAACCGUUGAUCCGAUCCAAGAGUCAGACUUUGCUAUAGGAGGAAGCAAAGCUGUCAAGCCGAAACCAGUGCUACCCUCAAGUAACCCAAUGGACGUACGAAUAUCUGCUUCGAAAGGACCAAAGAGAGUCUUUAUUUAAGCUAUUCUUCGCAUCUCGAGAGAAGCAGUCGAUUAGUGAGCAUCCCAUCUCAUAAGGAAAGCCUUAAUUUAGGCCUGGUUGCGGGGGAGAAGGACUAAGGAUCAGUCUAAUGGGACCUAGAGGAGAUAGAAGCUGUAGUUAGUGAGUUGCGGGCUGAACUGCUGAGUCUAGAAAUGACUUCUUCAGUUAAGACUAGCCUAGCAAGAAGGAUUGCUGCUAGAUUCUAUACCAACACAUUCUUUCCGAAAAGUAGAAUCGCAAGGGUAUGAAAGAUAGCUAUGAAAAGCAAUCCACCCGAAAAACUACCAGCUUCUUCAAUGGGGGAUACCUUUCCUUUUCUAUAUCCUCUUCUUCUUUUUAUUCUAUCUUCUUUCUGUUCACCUGAGCUAAUUCUUUACUUGCUUUCGAGCGCUUGGUCUGGCCUAUUUGCUGUUAGAAGGGAAGCCUUAGCACAGUAGCAGGUAAAGAGAGAGGGAUUGCUCGGCAGGGAAGACGGGAGAAUAUCCAAACCCGAAUCACAGACAGGCACUCUACUCAAUAUACAAUAAAAAAGUUAACUAAGGGGAUCACAACGGCGAAGGGGGCCAAUCGAGGAGACUGGAGGAGCUGGAUGCAGCGAUUCGGAAGUAGCGAAUCGUCUUCUUUGCAGUUUUUCAGGGGAGUGGCUAUCAAGCAAAAAAUUCCUUUAUUCGGCUAUUCAGAUAAUUUGGUAUAGAAAGUUGACUUCUUUCUUCAUUCAAGUAAGAUAGUUGAUCGAGAAAGGUCCUCUUCCACUGAGAAACUAAGGAGCGAAAGCGAUGUGCUCCGAUGAAAGCCUUGCGGGUCUAAUCUACCGCGGCCCUUUACUCAAUGAAUAGGAAAUAUGACCACACACAAUCAGAAUCCCCGCGCAUGAAGCAGUUGGCUCUCAAUGGGAAUUCUCCAUAGCAUGACUAGUUAAAGCAAUCAAAUUGAUUGAGACAAGCAAGCCUCAAGCUAGGGUUCCCCAUGACGAAUCCAUUGUGUCGGGCGAAAUAAAAGGCCGGGGCAAGAAUGCGGUAGGCGGUGGUCCUAUGAAUGGGUUGAAAAAUAAAAUAGAAAGUCUACGGUUAGGUUAAACAAUAUCCAACAAAGACCGUAAUUACAUACAUAACAUAGUCAUAGCGGAAACUAUCAAAACGAGUAAGCUAGGUUGCCUAUGCCUAAAGCCUGUCUACUCCUAACAAGUCUAAAGAUAGAAGUUACUUUCUAUUCUAAGAGUAUGGCUGGAAUCAGGUUCUCCUAUGCUAAUGGAGGGCUGGCUUUACGCCUUUUUUUAGUUAUCUCAAGAAGUAACCGUCAAAGAGAGAGCCAUGGCUGCUCACACAUUGUUAGAGCGGGAAGGGUUUAUAUUCAUUUCGCGUUGCAUGAACCUUUCUAUGGGUUGUUUGGCUAUUAGAUUCGCACAGACAGGCAGAAAGGGCUUCUAGCCUACUAGUUAAGUAACAGCAGUUGUGGUUUCUUAGAAUCAUCCUAAGAGGGAGCCCAUUACAGCACCGGGAUACAUAACAUAAAGGCAAUAAAUUGUAAAGUCUUAUCGUCAGGUUUGAGACUAAGAUUCGAGCAUUUAAUCGAAAGAAUUUGCAUUUAAAGCCAAGAUGGUGUAAGUGAUUCAUAACUAAUCUUCCCUUCGUCGCUGUAAGUGGAAUGCCCUGAAAUUCUUCCAUCAAUAGGUACUCGAAAUCUAAUACAGCCAUUAGGAGAGAUCCCGGCAGAAGAUGCCAACUUGGGCAUUCCAAUUAACUAGUAUUCUUCGCAACAAGUCUUAUUCCUAUUGCUUCUAGCCCCAUUACAUACCUUUGAUAGCCAUUUCAAAUCUAUCUAUUUGAGACCAAAUCCUAUGACCACAUUCUCCUUUUAGUUCCGAUCUGACAUUCAUUCAGAAAGCGAAGAACUUACUUAUUAAUAUAUGUAUAGUUAAAAAUCUCGGAUUUGAACCAACGCUCAUCAACGGAUCACGACGUGAACCGUCAACCGCUCUACCACCGAGCUACCGAGACGGGAGGGAGGGACUGAUUGAUACAUGGAAGCCUUUAAAGUGAGUCCGCUCAUAAGAACAGUCAGGCUAUCUUAGUCUCAUAAUGUGCCCUUUUUAAAGAAACCUAUCGAAUGAAGAUGCCACUCAGGGACCCCUCGUUAUGGAUAGGUCUGGAAGAGCAUGGGAAAGAAAGAUCAUCUUGUUCCUUUAGUCAACCGUGAUUCUAUUAUGACAGCUAUUCAUUUGAUUGACUCUGUUCCGAAGGUCCUCAGGAAUCACUAUCAGGCUCGGGGAUGCACAAAUAUCUAAAUGAUAGACAACGAUUCCCUAAUGAGACGAACUUACCGCAUAAGAGAAGAAAACUCAGAACGAAGGCUUAGAAAAUUAGUCUUUGGGGGGAGGCCCGCCCGGAGGAGAGCUGGCAAUGGGCUCUUGCCUUACUUAACUUAAUAGGAGGUGCUAGUACAACCUUUUCCUGAAAUGGGGAUUCCAAGUCGUGUUGUUCUUGUUAUAUUUAAGUAGUAAGCAUGGGCGCUUCAGGGGAAGCUAGCACUACAUUUGAUAUUCCUUCCUUUCUUUCCUUGGUCUCUUGCGCUUUCAGGCAAGGGUAGCUAAAAAGUAAGAAGGUUCUUAAAAAAAAAGACAACCUCCCCUGGUCUCCUUAGUGAUCGGAAUGUAGCCAAUGGGAAAAUGACGUAUGGUAGUAGUAGUAUGGGUGAGUGCUUUCCCAGUAUCUAUAUAACUUCUUCGUCGGGCUAAAAAGAUAAGUAAGUCAAAUAUCCUUUUAUUAAAAUUUAAGGCCCUUAUUAAAAAACUGUAGCUCGAACGCCCAGAGUCCAGACGCUCAAGCUCUGAUUUCACCCGAUACGAAAGGAUCUCCGCUAAAAAUGAAUCUGAUUCCCACGAAUACCAAAUAUAUAGUAUGGCCAUCUUGUCAUCAUAUUAGCCUUCCCCAGAGCAUAGAGCUACUUCUUCGCAAUGUAAAUUUCCUUCCUCAGCUGCUCCAAGAACAAGAUAUCUCGUAGAAAGAAUAAGUAGAGCUAGACUGCAUGCAUGAGUGGCUUGUAGGAGAAAGAGUGGAAGGAUUCUAGCCAAGACGGAGACGCAAGCUUGUCUGCUAUUUUAUGUUCUAGUUUAGCUCGCGGAUUGGUCUUCAUUGCGUACUAGCUUCAGUGGGAAUUAGAAUGUGUUCCGUACCACCGUGGAGCGGCUCAAAAAGAUGAAGAUGAGGAUGAGGGAGAAACUCAGUAAGAGAUGUCGGAGAAGCGAAAUAUACGAGAUCACAAACGCAGAUUGCUCGCGGCUAAAUAUGAAUUGAGACGAAAGCUUUAUAAAGCCUUUUGAAAAGAUUCCGAUCUUCCUAGUGAUAUGCGGGACAAACUUCGUUAUAAGUUGUCCAAGUUGCCAAGAAAUAGUUCCUUUGCACGAGUAAGAAACCGAUGUAUUUCCACGGGUCGCCCUCGUUCCGUAUAUGAGUUCUUUCGAAUUUCUCGUAUCGUUUUUCGUGGAUUAGCAUCUCGAGGUCCUUUGAUGGGCAUAAAGAAAUCGUCUUGGUAGCAACCGCCAAACCCAUAAAACAAGGGUUA